AUUGAGAGGUCCCGUUUGGCAAACCACCAUUCAUAACCUGCUUCAGACACAUCGCACGUCAGCGGCACUAGUGAAUUGUGACUUUCAAGUCAACUUUCAUCUCUCUUUUUCGACAACAUCCCAACUCAAAUACCUCAAUAUGCGUGAAUGUAUCUCUAUCCACGUCGGCCAAGCCGGAGUCCAGAUUGGUAACGCCUGCUGGGAGUUGUACUGCCUUGAGCACGGCAUCCAGCCUGAUGGUCAGAUGCCCUCAGACAAGACCAUCGGAGGUGGUGAUGACUCCUUCAACACCUUCUUCAGUGAGACUGGAGCUGGCAAGCACGUCCCCCGUGCCGUAUUCGUCGAUCUCGAACCAACCGUAGUCGAUGAGGUUCGUACAGGAACAUACCGUCAGCUCUUCCACCCUGAGCAGCUGAUCACCGGCAAGGAGGAUGCUGCCAACAACUACGCCCGUGGUCACUACACCGUCGGAAAGGAACUGAUCGAUAUUGUGCUCGACAGGAUCAGGAAGCUGGCUGACCAGUGCACAGGUCUCCAGGGAUUCCUCAUCUUCCACAGCUUCGGUGGUGGCACCGGCUCUGGCUUCACCUCCCUGCUCAUGGAGCGUCUUUCAGUUGACUACGGAAAGAAGUCCAAGCUGGAGUUUGCCAUCUACCCAGCACCUCAGGUAUCUACCGCCGUCGUCGAGCCUUACAACUCAAUCCUCACUACUCACACCACCCUCGAGCACUCCGACUGUGCCUUCAUGGUCGACAACGAGGCCAUCUACGAUAUCUGCCGUCGUAACCUCGACAUCGAGCGACCUACUUACACCAACCUGAACCGUCUCAUCGGCCAGAUCGUCUCCUCCAUCACCGCUUCUCUGAGGUUCGAUGGUGCCCUCAACGUCGAUCUUACCGAGUUCCAGACUAACUUGGUGCCCUACCCACGUAUCCAUUUCCCUCUUGCCGUCUAUGCCCCAGUCAUCUCUGCUGAGAAGGCAUACCACGAGCAGUUGACCGUUGCCGAGAUCACUAACGCCUGCUUCGAGCCCGCCAACCAGAUGGUGAAGUGUGACCCACGUCAUGGCAAAUACAUGGCCUGCUGUCUCCUGUACCGUGGUGACGUCGUCCCCAAGGAUGUCAACGCCGCCAUUGCUACCAUCAAGACAAAGCGUACUAUUCAGUUUGUCGACUGGUGUCCAACUGGCUUCAAGGUGGGUAUCAACUACCAGCCACCAACCGUUGUCCCUGGCGGUGAUCUUGCCAAGGUACAGCGUGCCGUUUGCAUGUUGAGCAACACCACCGCCAUCGCCGAGGCCUGGGCUCGUCUCGAUCACAAGUUCGAUCUGAUGUACGCCAAGCGUGCUUUUGUCCAUUGGUACGUCGGAGAAGGUAUGGAGGAAGGAGAGUUCUCCGAGGCUCGUGAAGAUUUGGCUGCUCUCGAGAAGGACUACGAAGAAGUCGGCACUGACUCCGUCGACGCAGAGGGAGAAGAAGAAGAAGAAGGCGACGAGUAUUAAAAACUUUCAAUUUGACGAACAAUGAACCCAACCUUUCAGAAAUCAUCGGCAAAAACAUCCUUGAAAAGAUCACGAUAUUCUAACAAUACCUUAAUCGAAUUUCCGUCCACUUGCUCGCGACUUUCAGAGGGAAAGUAAAAUUAUUCUCAUAACACAAAACGGUAAUAUCUCCACAGAAUGGGAUCAUUAAGAUUAAAUCAUGAUCAACCU